AUGUGGGGGCGAAGUAUUGGACCAACACCUGGCUACUUGUACCAUCAGUAUCAAACACCCGCGCUACCUGGAGAGAGACCAGCUGGCUUACAGCAGGCCCCGCCGACCAGCAGGCUUACAGCAGGCCCCGCCGACCAGCAGGCUUACAGCAGGCACCACCGACCAGCAGGCUUACAGCAGGCCCCGCCGACCAGCAGGCUUACAGCAGGCCCCGCCGACCAGCAGGCUUACAGCAGGCACCACCGACCAGCAGGCUUACAGCAGGCCCCGCCGACCAGCAGGCUUACAGCAGGCCCCACCGACCAGCAGGCCCCGCCGACCAGCAGGCCCCGCCGACCAGCAGGCUUACAGCAGGCCCCGCCGACCAACAAACUUACAGCAGGCCCCGCCGACCAGCAGGCUUACAGCAGGCACCACCGACCAGCAGGCUUACAGCAGGCCCCACCGACCAACAAACUUACAGCAGGCCCCGCCGACCAGCAGGCUUACAGCAGGCCCCGCCGACCAGCAGGCUUACAGCAGGCACCACCGACCAGCAGGCUUACAGCAGGCACCACCGACCAGCAGGCUUACAGCAGGUACCACCGACCAGCAGGCUUACAGCAGGCACCACCGACCAGCAGGCUUACAGCAGGCACCACCGACCAGCAGGCUUACAGCAGGCCACGCCGACCAGCAGGCUUACAGCAGGCACCACCGACCAGCAGGCUUACAGCAGGCACCACCGACCAGCAGGCUUACAGCAGGCACCACCGACCAGCAGGCUUACAGCAGGCACCACCGACCAGCAGGCUUACAGCAGGCCUCGCCGACCAGCAGGCUUACAGCAGGCACCACCGACCAGCAGGCUUACAGCAGGCACCACCGACCAGCAGGCUUACAGCAGGCCCCGCCGACCAGCAGGCCCCACCGACCAACAAACUUACAGCAGGCCCUGCCGACCAGCAGGCUUACAGCAGGCCCUGCCGACCAGCAGGCGGUUCUCCCUUCAUACCAAAUACUUGA